GUUUGAUUUUUCUUGGCAGACAAGAUCACUAGCAAUCACCUUUGUCAUAUGCUUCUUAUAAAGCUAUCUAGAUACCUUUGACUCUUCUAAUAUUUCUCAAUGAUAAGCUUGCUUUGCAACUCUCCUUUUGCCCAAAGAAAUGCAUAUAAAUACAAGAUUUUCCAAGCCCAUUUCUCCACUCUCUAUCACAGAAAGAAACAAAGAUGCUAUACAAUAUUUCACUAGCAAUCUCCUUUGUCAUAAUAAUUAUUCUUUUGAGAUGUGGUUGGAGAUUCAUGAAUUGGCUGUGGUUGCAGCCAAAGUGUUUGGAGAAAUGCCUCAAAGAGUUGGGUUUCAGGGGAAACUCUUACAAGCUGUUGUAUGGAGACAUGAAAGAAGUUGUGAUGAUGGAUGAAGAAGCUAAGUCCAAGCCUAUCAAAUUCUCCCAUGAUAUUGUGCCUAGAAUCAUGCCCUUUAUCCACAAAACCAUCAUCGAUUACGGUAAGAAUUCUUUUAUAUGGUUGUGGCCAACUCCUGCAAUGCUCAUCACGGACCCAGAACUUAUAAGGGAAAUCUUGUCAAAGAGUAAUAUUUUCCAGAAGCCUCCUCCUACUGCACACACAAAGUUGCUAGUAGAAGGAAUCUUGAGCUAUGAAGCAGAUAAAUGGGCUAAGCACAGAAGAAUCCUCAAUCCUGCUUUUCACCUAGACAAGUUGAAGCAUAUGAUACCUUCAUUCCAUUUGAGUACUUGUGAGAUGUUGAGCGAAUGGGAAAAAGUUGCCUCUGCAGAAGGAUCAGAGGUAGAUGUGUGGCCAUAUCUUCAAAGUUUAACAAGUGAUGCCAUUUCAAGAACUGCAUUUGGCAGUAGCUAUGAAGAAGGAAGAAAGAUAUUUGAACUUCAACAAGAACUAGCCAAAAUUAUCUUAAAAGUGACAGAGUCAAGUUACAUUAUGUUUCUGCCGACCAAAGAGAACAGAAGGAUGAAACAAAUAUAUCAGGAAGUAAGAUCACUUGUGUUGGGAAUUAUCAAUAAAAGAAUGGAUGCAAUUGAAGCAAGGGAAGCUUUUAAUAAUGAUGACUUAUUGGGUAUAUUGUUGGAUUCCAACUUGAAAGAAAUUCAGGAACAUGGAAAUAAGAAAUUUGGAAUGAGUUUGGAUGAGGUAAUUGAAGAGUGUAAGUUGUUUUAUUUUGCUGGACAAGAGACAACUUCAGCAUUGCUUACAUGGUCAAUGAUUGUACUAAGCAAACACUCCGAUUGGCAAGCUCGUGCUAGAGAAGAGGUUCUUCAAGUCUUUGGCAACAACAGACCUGACUAUGACAUGCUGAAUCAACUCAAAGUUUGGAAAAAAGGGCAGCCCGGUGCACUAAGCUCUUGCUAUGCGUGGGUCCGAGGAAGGGCAGGACCACAAGGGUAUAUAGUACGCAGCCUUACCCUGCAUUUCUGCAGGAGGCUGUUUCCACGGCUCAAACCCGUGACUUCCUAGUCACAUGACAACAACUUACCAGCUGCACCAAGUUCAAACGUGUGAUAUCAAGUCAUUCACCAUUUCUCCUAAUGCUUAACCAUAAUAGGGAUCUUGUAAUAACCUUAUAAAUGAUCUGAUUUACACAAUCAGUAUAUUGAAUUUGAACUCUUUAAAUAGAACUGGUGUGUUUAGGUGGACACCCGGUGUCAUUAGGCGGAUACCUACCUGUAUCUUUUCAAGAAGAAUUUAACUUAUGUCCACUAACCGUGUAAAUUAACAAAUUUUUAUAUUAUCAGUGUAAUUUAACAUUUUUCCUACCUUAUUUUCUAGUUACUAAUUUACCUUUUAGAUAACAUGAUACUAAUCGUAUAAAGAUUUAUUUAUACUGUCACCAGGGGCAGAUCCAGCCUAUUACAUGCGGGUUCCCAGGAACCCAGUAGUUUUUGUAUACACCCUGUAUAUAUAUUACAAAAUUCACUAAAUAUCCAUAAAUAUUUGAUUCUGAACUCAUUUACUUAUUGUAUAUUUAUUAUAUCCACCACUUCUUUUGAUGGGUCGAGAGGUACAUAAAGAAACCAAAUUAGGAAACUUAUCACUACCAGGUGGAG